AUGGCCGCCACCGCCUCACCGCUGAUAGCCACGGAAUCGGCGAUUCUCUCGAUGACCGAAAUUCAUAAAGUCGCCAAUGCCAGGUUGGCUUCUUUUCUUUUUUUGUUGAGGUUUUCAGUGUUUACACGCGCUUUUUGAUAUUGCUCAUUUGAGCCAAUAAGGCUUGAUUAUAACCCUAGAACCAUAUCAAAGUUUUCAUAGUAUUUAGCAGUGUUGAGCGGAAUUCCGUCUUCCGGGAAAAACAUUUUCUUCCGUCUUCCGUCUUCCGUCUUCCGGAUUUCAAAAUUCUAUUUCCGCUCAACUCUGGUAUUUAGACACUUGAAAUGUGUGUAGAACAAUUUUUGUAUCUUUUUUAGAAAAUUUUUUCAUUAAAUGUGAUCAACUGACGAAAUGUAGAGCAAAGUGAACUGUGCUCAUAGAAAAAUAAUUGUGAAUUUAGCUUUUCAUACAAAAAAGCUAUUCGAGUUGUUCUGUUAGCCGCCUUUUUUCACGCAACAACUCGAAUAACUUUUUUGUAUGAAACGCUAAAUUCACAAUUAUUUUUCUAUGAGCACACUUCACUUUUCUAUACAUUUCGUCAGUUGAUUACAUUUCAUGCAAAAAUUUUCUAAAAAAGAUAUAAAAAUUCUUCCGUGUUCUUCUUCCGCUCAACGUGUUCUUGUUCUUCUUCCGCGGCCAUCUUGAGACAAUCUUCGAAAAAAAGUUGACCCUACAAUAGUUUUGCCUCAAAGCACCUUUAGGCUUUCAUGAAACCGUAGGGAUCUUGGGCUGGGGAGAUCUGUCCAACUUUGACCUCUGUUUCCCACUUCCCUUCUACAUAAACAUCAUAUUUCACUAUUCCAAAAGUGUGUCGGCACGAGUUCAAAGCGAGUUGGCGCCUUUCCGCCAUACACGGAAAUGGAUACGUCCUUUGUGCUAAUUGGAUUUACGUGUUGCGAUCGAGGUGCGACCUCUUGCGUCACACACAACUGCUACAGUAUGCUCGUGGGAUUAGGAGGGGAGGCACCGAAAGUGUACUUGAGAGGCGAUGAGCACCCCAUCUUUCAUACCGUUUCCGGUCGACGACGCUCAGCUACAGUAAUCCCGCUAAUAUUUGCUCCCAUUAUUUCUCCUUUUUGUGGCCAAUGGCCAUGUUUGUCACCCCUGAUUAAAAGCAGCAUGUCUCCCCUUCCAAUUCCAUCCAGCCGUGACUUUAUGACCCCCACGCAUCUUUGUGUUUGGCUGAUGUCCUCGUCAAUGAAUUUUCAUCCUAUUUUGCCCGCGUUGGGGGAUCUGGCGAGUAUGAGAAAAUCGGGAAAAAUGAACGGUUUACUGUGGGAAAAUCGAGUACGGGGGUCUUUGGAAGGCGUCUAACUCGGAAACUAGAAAAGAUGGAGAAAUAGUGUAAGAGACAAAAUUGAUCAGCAUGAAAUUCUCUAUCAAAUGGUUAUAAUCAUGUCCAGGUUUUAUCAAAUCCAAAUUCUCAAUUUAAGGACCAAAGUCGACGACUACUUCGCGCGUAGGAACGAGCUUUUGGAGGAGAUUGGCGAGCUUGAGAACACUGAACGGUACUUUUACCCAAAAAAACCGACAAUAUUUGAUUUCCCUGAUCAUGUUCCGUUCAGAUUCAUCAAAGAAACCGCGAAAACGAUCGACGAGUUGAACCAGGAGAAGGAGGAGCAUUCGGAGAUUAUUCAGCUCAUCAAUAAAGUAACUAAAUCAGAAAAAUAUAUUAUAUGACCCGGAUUUCAGGACAAAGGAGUUUUGGAGCGUGAAAUCGCCGAAGCCGAGUCGGAGAAGAAGGAGCGAGAGGCGAAGAUUCAGAAAAAGUACGAAAUGCUCUUGAAGCUCAUGGAGCAGACGAACGAGCGGCUCAAAGAGUCCGGCAUUGACGUGGCACUCAGUCAGGAGGAUUUGCCACAGACGAACAUCAAAAUGUGAGUCAGAUGAGUACGGUAGCGGCUAGACUACCUUUAACAGGGUACUGUAGCGUUUGGCAGGUGUAGUGCGGUUCUGAAAAGUUUUGAGUAGAAUUUUGACGACUAGUACUACACUUUUCCAGUUGACCACUUUUUUCUAUGAGCACUUAGAAGCCUACUGUAGCGCUGGAAAGUUAGGCUUAAGCGCUAACUUCCAAGCGCUACAGUAGGCUUCGGAGUGCCUGUAGAAAAAAACGAUUAACUACAAAAAUGAACCUCUAGAUGUCUAGAUUUCAUCUAAACAGUUUUUAGAGUCAUAGAACAUCUCUAAAACCUGAAAUACGCCCUCAAACAUGAUGUACUUUCAGAGAGCCCUCAACCGCGAGCGCGACGCCGAUUCUCACCGGAAUGCCGACGCCGUUCGCCAAUUUCAACCUGUCGAAACUGUUUCAGCAGCCGCCGAACAACUGUUUCCAGUUUCUCGAGCAGCUCGGCGGAUUCGCGCCCACACCGCCGACACAAUUCAGAGCGCCACCGCACAUGGCCGCCGCGAUGCAAAGUCAUCAGUUGAGAGUGACGGAUCAUCAGUCACCGCCCAUGAAGGUACCGUUCUUGUGCGCCUCCGCAAAAAGGCUGGGUGUCACUUUUUGCAGACGUGCCAAUCGUGCUUCCAACAAAUCCAUCGAAACGCGCCAAUCUGUCCGAUGUGCAAGAGCAAAAGCCGCAGCAAGAAUCCGAAAAAGCCGAAGAGAAAGGAGCCGUGA